GUGAUGGGGAAAGGGUCAUAAAUCCGUUGUUGUUUAUGAAAAUUUACAACUUUGCAAUACAACUUUAUGAGUUGUUCGGCCCUUCCAUUGGCCGCUGUCGGUCAUGUGGAUAGGAACCGUGAACAUGAACUUUUUUAUAAUUUCCCUUGCGAGAAUAGAGCCGCAUUCUUUUGCUUCGCUCGGUCCUGCGUGCUUCGGAGCUCUGCCUUCCAGAAGCCUGCCUGGGCUGCGCUUUGUCCGGCGAUGGCGAGGGAAGGGAGGCCUCGGCCGGGGCCCGGCCCGCCGCUCGCGCGGGAGGUGGGCAGCGCCCGGUGCCCGGCGCCGCAGCCUCACAACUCGCAACCUGGCUAAUUUCCUGCGUCCUCUGGCACCGGCGAGGAGGACAGUUCGUCUCCCGGGCGGCUCAAACGACAGCUGUCAGAGGGACAGGAGCUUCUGGGAACCGCAUCUGAAGUCUAACUCGGUCCUGGCCUGCAACCGGGCAUCCUACGAGUACGGGGCCUCAUGUUUCUAUUCUGAUAAGGACCUCAGUGGCGCCUCGCCCUCAGGCGGUGGCAAGCAGAGGGGCCCCGGGGACUACCUGCACUUUUCUCCCGAGCAGCAGUACAAACCCGACAGCAGCAGCGCUCAGGGCAAAGCCCUCCCUGAUGAAGGCACGGACCGGAAGUACACGAGCCCUGUUUACCCCUGGAUGCAGCGGAUGAACUCGUGCGCGGAAGGAAGAGGAAAUCCAUCCGCAAUGGGGCAAUCAGGCCCAGCAGAGGGAAGACAGGCUAAUCAGGUCCACUGUGCCGUGUACGGGAGCCACGGGCGCCGCGGCCGCCAGACCUACACGCGCUACCAGACGCUGGAGCUGGAGAAGGAGUUCCACUUCAACCGCUACCUGACGCGCCGCCGCCGCAUCGAGAUCGCCAACGCGCUCUGCCUCACCGAGCGCCAGAUCAAGAUCUGGUUCCAGAACCGCCGGAUGAAAUGGAAGAAGGAGCAUAAACUCAUCAAUUCCACGCAACCCAGCGGGGAGGACUCAGAGGCCAAGGCGGGCGAGUAGACGCCUGGACAGGACCAGGCCGGCGCUGCGACCUUCUGGCUUUGCCUCCCCCUGCCCCCGUGCCCUUGCCUGCUCCCCAAAAUUUCUCCCAACUUGCCCCUAUCCAGGGGCUUUCGCAGCUUCAGGGGAGCCCUAAGCUUUGUAAGCAUCUGUUCAUUUGCUUGUUACAAAUAAACACCACCACCACCCCCA